AUGGGGCAGAUGCUAUCAGACGUCCAAAAGCUAAGUGGCAGACUGGAUCGCGGUGAUCAAAAGCUUCAGAAGAUAAUAUCGGGUGGCCAGUUGUAUACAAAUUCCGAGAAAAGAUAUCUCAAGGAGCUGAAAGCACUGCGUGGAGCAGCUACCGCCGAUAACAAAGUUACACUGGAGUCAGAGAAGGUCGGGCAAGCGAAGCUGGCAUUGGAGAAUAAGGCUAGAGCCGACUUCAGGUAUGAGCGCAGGAAAAUUGGCGCCACGAAAUCUGCUGAUAUAGAGAUGCAGGAUGCUCCGGAGGAUUCUGAGAGGAAGAGGAGGCGGGAACUAUUGAAAGCGGCCUCGAACCUCCCCUGGCUUGAAGAAUAUGAAGAAGGUUUGUAA